UGUUUCCAUUUCCUGUUAGCACCUUAGCAUAAUUAGACUAUUAACUUGAAAACCUCAGACACCGGAAGUUGGUCAUCGCGGAAGAGAGGAAAAGCUAGCAAAGCCAGCAUAUUAAUAUAUUAUAAGACACAUUUAAACGGGAGGAUGAGCAGUUCGGAGGAGGUGUCCUGGAUAUCCUGGUUCUGUGGACUCAGAGGAAACGAGCUGUUCUGCGAGGUCGAUGAAGACUACAUUCAGGACAAGUUCAACCUGACAGGACUGAACGAGCAGGUCCCUCAUUACCGUCAGGCUUUGGAUUUGAUUCUCGACCUGGAACCUGAUGAGGAAACUGAAGAUAAUCAGAAUCAGAGCGAUUUGAUUGAGCAGGCAGCUGAGAUGCUCUAUGGUCUCAUACAUGCACGAUACAUUCUCACAAACAGAGGCAUCGCACAAAUGUUGGAAAAAUACCAGCAAGGGGACUUUGGCUAUUGUCCCAGAGUAUACUGCGAGAAUCAGCCAAUGCUUCCUAUUGGCUUAUCAGAUAUCCCAGGAGAGGCAAUGGUGAAGCUUUACUGCCCUAAGUGUAUGGAUGUGUACACUCCUAAAUCCUCCAGACACCAUCACACAGAUGGAGCCUACUUCGGCACGGGAUUUCCUCACAUGUUGUUCAUGGUGAACCCAGAGUAUCGACCAAAACGACCAGCCAACCAGUUUGUACCAAGGCUAUAUGGUUUCAAAAUUCACCCAAUGGCCUACCAACUCCAGCUUCAGGCCGCGUCAAGUUUCAAAAGCCCGGCAAAGACAAUUCGCUAGAAUCCACCUCUGCAAUGACAAUGGACUCAAGCAUUAUCAUUGGACUUGUGUGAAGCAGUGAAGUAUAUAUUCCCAAUAAAAAAAGCUUUACAGCUGCCUAAAGUAGUCUUUGUUUGUACUUUUAAACUCAAGUCAUUUGUUCUAGUUUGGGGAAUAUAACAAUAAAUACACUUUUGGAAAGUU